AUGGGUUCUAUCGUGUUGAGAAGUCUAUCCAUCCUUUUAGGGGUGUUUUUUAUAUUCGUGGGAAUAACUAAGCUAACUCCAUUCAUUUCGAAGGAACUACAUAAAGAUUUGAGAAAAGAAUAUGUGAGAUACGCGAAAGUGUUUCCAUUGACGGAAACAUUAGACUUCAAGUUACCAUCGAAAUGGUAUCGAAGGGCGGUUGGUGGCCUCGAAAUAUUAUUUGGAUUAGCUCUAGCAGCUAUACCUAGUCAUAAAAUCAAGAACACGGCUAACAUUGGCCUUGUUCUGUUAAUGAUAUUAGCAGCAUAUUCACAUGUCAUGGUGGGUGAUCCCUUCGACCGCUGUGCUCCAGCGCUGGUUUUCUUCUUUAUGCUUAGUGGAAGACUUGUUGUUUGGUAUCAAAUUAGUCGCCGAGAAGAAAUGGAGAGAGCCACCGCUACACAGAAUGGGAAUGGGCUCAAGAGAGAAUAG